AUGUAAUGGGCGCCACAGACUUGCUGCGAGUGAGAGUCAGUUUGCAGAGAACGUCUCAUAAUGUUUGGUUUUCCGGAUGGAAUGUCCACAUCAUCAGGAAAACGGCAUAUUCCCAGGACUUUUAAGAAGGAAAAAGGACGACUUCUUUGUGCAGACUCAAGCUUUUGUUAACAGAAGAGAAAAGAUACCACAAAUUCAAGAGGGAGAAAAUGAAAGAGAAAUAUCAACUUUACAAGACGAGUUAACCUAGCUGAAGGUUUUUGUCUUGCUGCUUGCUGCAGAGAAAUAUUAAACUGCAGUGGUGGACAAAAUAUCAAGUGUUCCACGACCCCCACCGUUCAUACUGAGAGGUGGCUCAUCAAUGAUCAACGUAGUGUAAAAGGUACCGCUUACAUUUCUGAACUUUCAGGCUGACAAUUUCAAUACAGCAAAAGAAAACCAACAAAAAUAGCAUGACGGCCCCGAGCUUGUUGACUGAAGUGGAGGUCCUGAGGAGGAGGGUGUUGGAAAUGGAGGGGAAGGACGAAGAGCUGAUACGAAUAUCGGACCAGUGUCAAGACCUUGACCGCAGACUGGCAAAUGAGACCAGGAACUGCCGGGGUUUGAAGUUUGAGGUGGAUAAGCUCAACGGUAGAAUCUGUGAAAUGGAGAGGAUGGAGGGGGCUUUGGGUAAAAACAAACAGGAUUGUAGUAUCCUGAAGAGCAGCUUGGAGAAAGAGAGAGAGUUCAGCAAGGUGAUGUCUGGGGAGCUUGACGCUCUAAGAAUUAGGGUGAGAGAGCUAGAGGCUGUUGAGGGUCGACUAGAAACAAGUGAAAUGAUUGUCAGACAAGACCUGGGCAAACUCCGAGCCUUGACUGCGGCUCUGGUGGAGGACAGAAAGACUAUGGCAGAGAAGCUCCGACAGGCAGAGGAAAAGAUGAGUAAGAAAGAGUGCAAGAGAAAUGAGCAGGGUAAUUUGGCAAUGAUGACAGAGAGGCUGCGAGAGGAAAAGCAGCUGGCACUAAGAUCUAAGGCAGAUUUAGAAGAGAAGAUUAAGAACAUAAUGAAGGAAAAGGAUGAGCUCCAAGACAGACUGAAAACAGAGGAGGAUAAGAACAGGGAGUUACAGAGUAAAAUAACCACAAUGAAGAAAAAAUUUAACCUAUUUGAGAACAGGAAAGAAAAAGAAGAGAAAUACACAAGCAACAGCGCUCAUUUAUGCCAAACUGAGGACAAUAAAGUUAAAGAGCUGACUAAGGAGCUUGAUGAGCUGAAGAAGAGACUCCAGAACAAAGAGGUCUUAGAGGCAGAACUAUUGAAAGUAGAUGGAGAUAUUGAGGCUCUUGAAAGGAGGCUUCAUGAUGAAAGGAGGAGGUCACAAGCCUUAGCGACAGAGCUAGAGGAGGCAAAGAAGGAACUUGCCAGCUACAAGCAUGGGGAAAAGGAGGAGGUCAACAAGGAGCAUCUCCUUCUUUGCCAUCUUCAAAAAGAACAGGUCAAAUCCAGACUCCUAACAAGAGAAGUAGACACCCUGAAGGAGAAACUCCAGAAGCUGAUGGGGACAGAGGAGUCAAUCUGCAAGGUCCAGAUGGAUCAAUCAACACUGCAGGAAAAACUGACCCAGCAGGAAGCCAAGAACAAAGAGCUGGCCCAGCAGAUGGAGAAACUGACAAGUGAGCUCAGCAGUUAUAGACAAAUCAGGAACUGGACAUCUGUUGCCAAUAAACACUUCCCAGACCUCCAUCAGACCACCAAAGAAGUGCAAACUGAACCUGAAGAAAACCUUGUUUCCAACCACAACAUGCAAAGUAAGAGACUGAAUGAAGGAAACUCUGCCAAGAACCACAAUACUGAGGUCACAAAUAGAGAAAGCACUGUUGCCAGCUUCGACACAGCAAACAGCAACACCAGCAGCUGCUCAGAAGAGGAUAUGCACCAAACUGUUAACGGAGAGGUGAUGAUGCUGACACACACACCAGGACAGCCCUUGCAGAUUAAAGUCACACCGCAUCAUAUGAUCAGCACAGCCAUGCUCGAGAUUACCAGCCCUUCUGGAGAUACCAGUACUGCCAGCACCCCAACAAGUGCAGCAUCCUCAAAGCAGAGAAUCACCAUCAUCCAGAGCUCAAGUUCCCCCGUAAUUAAUCCUAAGAGCCCCACUUCUAGUCCCGACCGCACCCUCUCCCCAGUCAAUGGAUCACCGAUCUCCCGGGUGUUAAGUCCAAAAUCAUCCCGCUCUGUUACACCCGACAACAAUUCACCCAUUCAGAUUGUUACGGUCAGAACAUGUUCUCCUGAGCCAAGAGAAGUUGCAAAUCCAGCUAUUUUCUGCAAGACACCUGAGAGGUCGAACAGUUGGCAGCGUCAAAUGUCCAACAGCAGUGAUGCAAGUCCAAGUAUCAUCACAACAGAGGACAGCAAGAUCCACAUCCAUCUUGGAAGCCCCUACAUCCCGCCUCUGAAUGGUAUGGCCCAAAGCAUUCCACCGCCUGUUGGGCCAUACUACCUUCGGCAUGAGCAAAGGACUCAAGUGAUCACCAACGGAUGUCACGUGAAAGGUGUUGGAAAGAUCACCAGCAGCAUCACUAUAUCCCCUGCUAAUGCCCAUGCAUCACACUCAAACAUCACUUUUAGUGGUCUUUGUGAUUAGGAACAAAAAUGAAUUUACUGCACAAACUUUUUAUUCACAUAUAACCAUUGUAGUAACCCAGAUGUGCCUUUCGUUAAACUUAUUUACUUCUAUGUAGACCCUUUAAAAAUAUUAUAAAAAAUUAAACUGGUACACCUGACAGUAUAUCAAUAUGUAAUGAAAUGGUUGUUAACUUUGUUAAUUAUUUUCUUGAAUUAAUUCACUUUUGAGCACUUUUCAGAGAUUUUCUAGCCUUUUUCUUUAAUGCAGAGUAAAGUCAGUCAAGUUAGAGAUAAAAAAGCAAGAGAAUUAAAAAAAAAAACUAUUUUUUAAUGUGUAAGAAAAUAAAAAUGUGAAUGAAAAAUGUUUAAUAGUUUGAUUUAGAAGGAUUAAUCAUGGGCCGGUUACUGGAAUCAGCAUUUUGAAAGGUUUAGUAAAACCACAAACAUUCUUUUUUUUUUUUUUUUUAUGUUCCCAAAAUGUAAAGCUUAUUCAAUGAAAAUUCAGAGAAAGCUCCAGAGGAACCACACUCUUCUGGUUAACCUGUUGCUGAGCAUUACAGGUUAACCAGCUGAAUAAGAAAAGCUUUGUUUUUACCCUCUUCUUUUUAUUCGUUAUGCUUUUUUACAGCUACAUAACACUUUUCCACUUGAAAUGGACAAAUAUAACCAGGACUUUACUGAAACGGUAUCUGGUAGAAAUGAUUUGCACAGAUACCAGUUUUGCUUUGUGCUUUUGUUUGUCUGUGAUUUGAUAUGAUGAACAAUUUAUUGACAUUUAAACAACUGCUGCCUACCCAUUUAAAAUAAAAGCAAUACGAUGGUGUUAUACAUUUUUGGCUUCAAAUGUUUCUAAAUAUGAGAAAAAUUCUGGUAUUUUCACUCAAGGUUGCUACAGCUUGCGUAUUUCAAAUAUUGGCAAAGAGUCAAAAAUACUAAGGGAAUUAAGAAUACCAUCUAUGAUUACUAUAAAGAGAAACUUUACUAACAGGUUAUUUUGAAGUAUUUGUUUGAGUUUCUUAACUACAUUUUAAAAGAAUUAUACCAAGAAAUGAACGUGUAUAAUGUCUUUACAUCCUCUAAAUAACGCAUAAAAAUACAACACAUUUAUGUACAAUGAUGGGGAUAUCCCAAUUGCAGCUUAACUUUAUGGUCCCACAACUGUGAUGUUAAACUUGAUCGGGAACUAUUAAAACUAAUUUUAACAAUAAAAACCUCAAUACAUAGUGAUGAAAGAGAGCAGAUAUACAGAACUUGAUCUCAAACUUUAACCUAAAAUACCGGUAAGUAAAAACAACACGGAACAAAAAAGAUUCAUCAGGUCAGGAGAUUUGUUUCUAUUUAACCUCAUAUUAGCACUGAAAUGCAAGCUAAAAUUAGUCAUGGCUUUAAAGCAAAGUAACAAGCACACCUGUUAAAACAAGUGAAAAGGGAUUAUAGUUUAACCCAAAGGAGAACCAAGUAAAAGGCCUGAUUCCUGAAGUGUGUACUAAAAAGGUUAGAUUAAUUAGAUUUGUUUAAAAAGUAGUCACAAAUUGUGUUCUCUAAAUUAAAACGCUGACAUCAAAAAAGGGAACAGCAUCUGGAGAGAAUAUGCUGAUUAAAUCUAGAGGAAUAUACCCGCCCUGAUGUCAUCAGUUAGCACGCUUGGCGUAAAGCAUUUGUAGGCCACUUAGGUGAAGCUCUUCUUAUAAUCUCUGUUAUCAGAGUGAACAUUCACAUCAGUGAUAACCAUACAGGGAAUUACAAAUCUUUUCUUAUUCAUGAGUCUUCGAGUCAAUUAUAUUCCCUUGCAAACAGACUUCAGUUCCCCUUUUCUGCCUGAUCAAUUUGCUGGCAGACCUGCAGCAUUGUUGCUUCAAAGAGGACUUUAAAAGUAAAUUUUGGGAAGAAACAAUGAGAGUCAAGGUAAAGGGUUUCAGAAAGCUUGUUUCUAUGAUAUCUUCCUUCAACCUUGUGUUAUUAUGGGCCUUGAUUUUGGACUGCACCAGACCCAGUAGGGGAAAGAUCCCUUAGAUAAAGUAAAAAAGAAUAUUGAUUCCCUUACAUAAAAAACAUAAAAAAAGAAAAGUUAAUGUAUAAUUUGGUUCAUUCUAACUGCAUAUUCAAUUCAUUAUCAUGUAUUGAUGAAUUAAGACAGAUCAUAUAAAAAUACAAUGAAUAAUGCAUAGCAAUGUGUUAUUGUGUCUCAGAGACACCUGAAAUUGAUUUCUGGUUUUCUUCUAAUCUGAUCAAAUAUUAACAGAUAACAGAUGCAAUAGAACAUGGUAAUGCCAAAAAUAAUUGUCAAUUUUUAUAAAGGAAACAUAGUAAAGACAAAUCUGUUUUAUAUGGAAUUUAAAGCAUAUAUCAUCU